AUGAAUUCCUCUGAACAGCCAAGUACCUCGCUGAACAGCAGCACCUGGCCACCCAUCAGCUCUUCAGGCUUGGGGAUGUCCUGCUUCACUAUGACAUUUGGUGCCGUCUCCAACAUCACCGCUCUGGGCAUCCUGGUCAAGUCCCGUGUCCGCUUCCGCCGCCAGUCCAAAGCCCCAUUUCUGCUAUUAACAGUGGCUUUGCUAAUGGCUGACUUCGGAAGUCAUGUGAUCCCAGGGGCCUUUGUCCUGUAUUUGUAUAAACAGGCAGAGAAGCAACCCACAUUCUGUCAAAUCUUUGGGGCGUGUAUGGUGUUUUUUGGCUUAUGCCCUUUGCUGUUGGGUUGUGCGAUGGCAAUGGAGCGCUGUGUGGCCAUCACCAAGCCCUUUUUCCAUGCUACUGUUGUUACAGUGACUCAUGCGCGACGAGUUGUAUUAUUUCUAGCCUCUCUUGCAUUGAUGCUGGCAGUUCUACCCUUAUUUGCUGUGGGGACUUAUUCUGCCCAAUUUCCCGGUACAUGGUGUUUCUUACCGAUCCAUGAUACACAGUCUACAGCUAACACCAGUCUGGCUCUGGCCUUCUCAGGUCUGGGCCUCACUGCACUCACUCUUUCCCUGCUGUGCAACAUCCUGAGUGGUGUGGUACUGCUGAAGGCCAGAAUAAAUCCCCACAAUGUCAAUGCAAAAUUAACAGCUCGCUGCACCUGUUGUCCAUCUUCCGCGUCAACCUCCUCCGUGUUUUGGUCGUUGGAUGUGGAGAUGAUGGCGCAACUGGUAGCGAUCACUGUGGUUUCCUGUGUGUGCUGGAGUCCCUUUCUUAUCAACAUUCUUGUGAUGCAGUUGAACCGAAGCCCCAGAGAGUCAACUGACGUACCAGAUGGGUUCACUCUUCUGUGCUUACGUAUGGCCUCCUGGAAUCAGAUCUUGGACCCCUGGGUUUACAUCUUACUGAGGAGAGCAGUGGUUUCCAGAGCUUGCUGUGCUUUCUACACCCACAGACCCAGAGUAACAGCUGAUGGCUCAUAUGCAGGCACACGCGGGCAGACCUUCAGUCUGCAAUAA